GAGUGUGAGAGUUCUUCUUCCGGUUCCCAGGUCACAGUCUUCCUGCACUGCAGCUUUACGCCUUCCUUCCCUGUGUCAGUCAGCCUCUAGGUCAUGGCUGCUUCCAUGUACUGCCUGCGUACAGUCGUCCAUGGCUGUCGCAGGCAUUUUGUGAAGCCACCAGGAUUUGGCAUCCCAUCUACAUAUUCUAAAACAAACUGGGGAGCUUUAAGAUUCUAUGUAAUACCACCAGGUGUUAAAAGACCAGCCAAAAAGCUCAAAGAGGAAAAACCAAAAGUAAUGAUAACACAGGAGGAGAUAGAAGAGAGAAGAAGAGACACAAUCCAAUUUAAGCCUUAUGGUUUUACAGCCUGGAAACCUUCUGAUGAUGUUUAUGUUGCUCGAUACUAUCCCAAGCAAGCUAUCCGGCCAGAAAUUGCAGUAGAGAUGCUAAAAACUAUCCAGAGGUUAGACUUUACCUGCCCAGAACAAGCAUUGUAUCUCCAGCUCAAACUGGACAUGAAGCUAGAAAAAAAGAAAAAAGUGGAUCCUUUUGUUGGUUACGUUCUCUUCCCUUUCCCAUUUGUGAAGGAACUAAACACUGUCUUAGUGUUUACAGAGAAAGCAGAAGAGAUUGAAGCUGCAAAAAACAAUGGGGCUGCAUUUGUUGGAGGGGCUGAACUCAUUCCUGAGAUUCUGAAUGAUGACGUGCAAGCAGAUUUCUAUAUAGCAACACCUGAAAUUCUUCCAAAACUGAAUCUUCUUAAAAACAAACUGAGGAAAAAAUUUCCCAAGAACAAAAGAGGUUCUGUGGGAAAUGACAUUGCCAACAUGAUUAAGCUGUUUGAAAACUGCUAUGAAUAUAUUGUAGAAGAGGAGUGUAUUAUUCGGAUCAAAAUAGCAACAUUGGAUAUGCCUGUCGAACACAUAAUGGCUAACAUGCAUACCCUUAUAAAGGAUGUUUCUCGGCACAAGCCUGUGGACCUUGGUCCUUUUGUGGUGACUGCUAUUCUGUCUAGUGACACGAGUGAAUCGCUGUUCAUAGAGUUAAAGAAUUUCUUGCCACAAGAACCAGCUAAGAGCGAAGAAAACUGAAGGAUGCUUUGUAAAGAUGGUCUGUCCUGUGUUACCAAUGAUGUGAAGGGGUCACGGCAUGCAUCAACCUAUUACAGACACCAUUUACACCUCCUAUUUGCUUUGGCUCCAAAGGGAUCAGAGUAACAUUUCUGCAGGUGGACACAUGACAUUCAUGUGGAUAUUAAUGUUUUUUCGUUUGUUUUUGUAAUAAAAUUAACUGAUUUAUUAAAUA